AUGAGCAACGGCGCCCGGCGCGCCCUCGACCCGUCUCCACUCCGAGGAGAAGCAGCGCGAAGCGAACCCCUCUCCGCCCUCGCCGGAGCCGGCGACUCUGCCCGCCAACCCGCUCCUGCCCCGGCGAAAGGAUCUCCGGAUCUCCGCCCCGACGGCUCUGGCGAAGGAAGCGGUGGGUGCCGCGUGCUGCGCGCCGAGACGACGAGCCGGAGGGGAAUGAGGCGCGGGAAGAAAUGA